AUGGGCGUCCAGAGAACUCAGGCUAGCGGUUCGCAACGAUACACAGAUCGAAUGACUCGAUUGCUUUCGUCAGGCUCACCGGAGCCAAACAAUACCGGGAGCCCCUCGACAUCAAUCAUUGGCUCUGAAGACGACGAUUGCUGUUCUCAGCAAAACGAUGAAUCUGACGACGAUGACAAGGCUACUUCCAUAGAUGGUUGCAGUGAUGAAGAGGCGGCUCAGGGACAACGAACCAAGAAACGGAUCAAGGAAUUGGCCUUGGGGGAAGCCAGAUCUGUAAAGUCCCUGAGCACUAAGGAUGUCGCAAAGUUAGUGGUUGAAAUGAUUGAAUGCAUGGCAGAGCACGUUGGUGAAAGAGAUGGCUGCAUUGAAGAAACAGGUGGAGGUUUUGUCGAGCAGUAG